UAAAAGAUAAACGUUGAACAAAUAUUUCAUCGUUAUUUGGACUUCAUGUGUGCUUUAUAGAUGACAAAGAUAUGAAUUUGAUGAACAGUUUUGGAUGUCUUGCAUUUGUUUUUACAGUCAACGGUGAAUACUUUUUAAGCAACACACUUACCCACUGGCACGAUGUAAAAUGUAAUAUGGCAGAACCGGAGCUUGAUUAUCAGAACAACCGUUUUGAAAUUAAAGAAUCGAUACAAAUGUUACCAAGCAGAUCUGAAGCAUGGGUUGGUUAUAUCUCCACAAAGGUUCCUUUUUUGCUCUUAGGCUGUGCGAAGUUGACGAAAGAGCAAAUAUUUACAGUGCAAAGCAUCGGUUACUGCCAUAACGUGUGUGGUGGCGGCCUUUUCGGAACUAUUGCAAUGGCAUCGAGCGCUCAGGUCACGUGUGCUUAGCAUUUUAUUUUGAUAUCACUUAAUACAAAUUAUUGCCGAAAAACUUACAUGUGUUGCAUUAAGAAACAUUGAGCACGUAAAACGUUUAUUUAGGAAAUCAUUAUGCUAUUCAGUCAUAACAGGUUUAGCAUUAUAUGACUGGUUAUACAUCGGUCUCAAUAAAUGUAAGAUAUCUUGGUCUCAUGAAAUGAAUUCGUAUUGUUUUCCGCGUAGCACACUUUGCCCUACAUGUCUUGCAAUACUGUUUUCAAAAUUUAAAAGAAUGAAUACUAUCAAUACUUGUUCAUAUAUACUAAUGAGAGCUCUUAUUGUAAGGCAUUGCAAUGUACCCAUUGAAGUAAACUUAUAAAAGUAUCAUCGACAGGCACUGUAGAACCGAACCCAUUAUAAACCGUUGUAUGCAGUGUUUGUAACAUAAAAUAAAGUCAACAUUUGCGACAACCUCUGUAAAUACUAACUCCAUAAUUUCAAUUGAAUGGUACCAAAGUAUGUAACAACGUAAAUUGGUUUCAAGUUACUAACAUAUUUCAACCAGUUAAGGCCAGAAAUAGUUAGUUUGUUAAAACAGCGCCGUUAUAUGUUUAAAACAGUGUUGCACACGUACAAUUAAUCCGCGUAAACAACCAUGCAGAAGUCCGAUAAUAAUCAAUCAUAUAAGUUUCAAAAAGGGUAAAUGAAUAUGUAAAAAAAGCGGGGCAAGAUAUGACUUGAUCGCUCAUUUGAGCAAUGUUUUAAAAACGAAUUAAGAUAAUAUAAAAUCAUUCGUGUUUGGCAUUAUUUGAACAACAUUUGUAGACGGAUCCUUGGUAUAAUAUUUAGUUAACCACGAAUACACACCUUACACCAUGAGAUAUGUUAAAAAAAUCCGAAUUCAUUACCUUUUUCAGAGGUACCGUUUUAAAACCUUCGUUGAAUAUGGAAAAUAUUAUAUUGCAUUAUUAAUUGGAACAGUUUCAGUGUCGGUGUGUACUUCGAUCAGUAGACAUACUCUUGAAGCAGUGCUUUGGAAUGACCAACACGUUUUGUACCGACUGUUGGCCAAUAUACACUCAGACAACUGGUAAAAUAACAGUGGUCUUAUAACUAGUUAAACACGCAAAAUGUAUGCAAUUUUUAUAUACGAAUUAUGCCCCGCCACAUGCGGAGAUACUGUUUUAGAAAUGUCCGUCUGUUUCGUCCGGAUCCUUUUCUCAAAACUGCUCAAACUGAUUUCAUUGAAACUUGGUAUUAAUGUAUAUAUGUAAAAGAGGAUUCGCACUUCAUUCGCAAAUAAUGGAGUAAUGUCUCUUUUUUACUUGAACGUAUGCACACUAAGGGGACGGUGCACGUUAAAUUGCGAAGCAAACCAUUUGUAAAUAAUGAAGUUAUGAUCCUUUUAUACACGAACAUACCAUUUUACAUGUCCUGAGUUGUAUCUCCAAUAACGAUAUCAGCAGCCAUGGAACUAAUCGCUGUUACUCUCAAUCAACUUGAGAUGAGUCAAAAUGCAAGACGCAUAAACACAGAGUCACCGCAGUAAAAUAACUUGGGUCUAUCGACAAUUUGGGCCUAUCGACAAUUGAUUGUCUGACAUACUAUUACCCGACAUUUCAUUGGAGUCGAUGCGAAGACACUCAAAGAAAAGUCAUGUGCAGCAAACAAAACUAUACAGAUUCAACAGCAAAGGCGAGUUCCAUCGACAGAUCAGAAAAAACAUGGCGAACUGGCAUUCCUCAUUGUUUGAAAAACAACAUGUACCCAGCGUCACAAUGCAGCAUAAUGAAUGCUGGAUUUGGGUUACCGGAAAGUCAGCCGUACUGGACAAGAGUAAUACGAGCCCACACUUUAGUUAAGAAAUCGACAAUAUGCAAUGGUACAUCGAUACCAGAGGAGGGAUAUGCAUGGAUUACAGAUAAUGAUAAAACAAUUCACCUGUCAUUCUUGGAUGUUAAACAAGCUAUUUGUGUCGAAGCGAAUGCUACACCACUUUCUACGACAACGAUAUUAAAGACACAAGAUUCAACGCACAGCACCUACGCCAGCCAUGUUGAGGAUCAAAGUUCGACCAACGUUGAUUCGAAUAGUGUUGGUGUUGGUGUCGGUGUGUCAGUUGCGGUUCUAUUUGCAGUAGGUGGAGCCGUGAUUGUUAUUGUACUAAAAAGGAGAUGUCUAUUGCCUUGCAGAUUGGAAUCGAACAAUGCCAAAACUAAUUCAGAAUCACGCGACUGUGCAAGCAAAUCUAAUGAAUCUUAUGAAGAUGAAAUAAAAAAUCAUAACUAUUUUAUAAUGGAAAAAUGCGCACAAUCAGUGGACGAAAGGGAAGCUCAUAAGAAAAAGCGGAUCAACCAAACGUAGGAAAUACUGAGACCGAUAAUUACAAUUCAAUCGAUGAAAUAGAUGAACAUUAUCAAAGUGUAAAAGAUGAGUUCGUCUACACAAACAAAACCCUACAAAGCGGAUCUAAUAGCAGGAAACCAGACAAUGUAUACAACAAACUCAAGCUAGACCUUCCCGAAGACGAUGCUCACGUAGGAAGACUCGGAAAUAACAUUUCCAAAGCAGGCAGCGACUACGAUACAACUGCUGUGGUGCGCAGGAACGACGGGGACGGAGACUAUAGCCAUAUCCCGCAUCCUGAUAGUACAACCUGUGCACGACUGAAUGGAUUAAAAGAUGACUAUGAAGUUAUCAAUGGAAAGAAGAUAAAAUUUUCCCCAAGCGACUCUGCAGAUUAUGCUCACGUCAGAGUUUAGGAAAGAAUUAAGUAAAUGCAUGAUUGAAUGAUAAAUGUAAUAGAACUUUGUGACGUACAUCUUCUUUUUCAAAUACUCCGAAAAAUACAUUUGAAGCGUAUCGGCGUUGCCUGCGUGAAUUUUUAAAUAUUAAUUUAUCUAUAGUUAAGCCAAAUUGACUAUGCGUUGCAUUCUAGCUUCAUAGAAAAAUACAUUAAUAAGACAUGUUUUUUCAUUUUAACAACAAAUGCAACAACAACAAGAACUAUGGUGUACAGUUUAGAAACAUAUCAUUGUUUUAGCAUCUUAAAUAGAAAUACAUUUUAUCAGAAACAAAUAUUUGAAGUACUUGUCAAUCAUGUACUUGAGUGAACAUUUACUCGCAAGUAUUCCCUUGCUUAAGGUGACGGUAUCGCGCAUAUUAUAUUUCUUUUAUAAAAGCGGGUUUAGUCAUUUUAAACUUUAUUCAGAAUUAGACCAUAUAAUUCCUAGAUCACUUUACAUGCUAAAUAAUAUAGCAUCAGCCAUUUUUGUAGAAUGACAGUAUAGAUAAAUUAAUUUUGUUCUGUGUGUACUUAUAACAGGAUUUCAUGUAAGAAAACGUAACAAUCACAUUGCAUAACUAUAAGUGCUAAUUUGUAAAUACAGUGGCUAUUACUUCUUUGGGAACGACUUUGAUGUGAGUACGUUCUUAAAAGAUGGCAUUUGUUUCUUAUUACUAAUUUAAUGUGAAAGACACUUGCUUAUGUUAUGUUGUGUUUAACAUAACUUCUAACUGCGUAUUGACAACCGUUUCUCAUCUGUAUUUUAUAAAUGUGUGUACAAAUAAACUAAGUUACAAGUU